AGUAGUGUCGAUCAAGCUGGCGGUGAAAGAGGUGCGUGCGCUUUACUUAUUUUUGGUAAAUUUCAUCCAGUAACCAUGUGUGUUACCAACAGAGACGAUUGAAAUUUCGCCGACUCGCCCCGUACUCGCCGUCGAGAAAGGUGUGUAAGAGUGUGUUUCAUAGGGGGUUUCGAUUGUCAUUUGUCAGUAUCGCGCGUGAGGGUGCUGCUGCGGCCCGAAAAAAUGGGCCGUACGACCGGGGGUUCUCCCUCGGGCUAACCAAUUUUUUUCGUGGGCCACGGAAAUAGGCCAUGGCCUUUUUGGUAACGGCUUGGACCACCCUGCUGUGGCUAGCCUCAGCAACCGGAUUUGACCCGUCUAAACCGUUUUACAUUCCGAAUCAAUCCAUAGACUUGUUAGUUGCAUUGGGGGAAUACAGUAAAAGUUGGCUGGGAGUGGAAAGAAUUGACAGCCCGGCCCCGCCUGACGUAAUCAACACCUUCACGUCGCAUACAAGGUUGGCCUAUGUAUUAGAAGGGGAUAAUCGAGAUUUAAGGUUACCUCCGUUGGCAUUUCAACAAGCAUCGAACUUUUUACUGUCAUCAGCAGAAUUUACUAUUAUAGCAAUGUUGAAACAAGUUCCCGGCAAUCCCGGUACUAUCAUUUCCUUCUCGCAUGGAAUCAACAGGUCUUUGGAGCUCCAAUCCAGCGGAAGACAUAACCAGCUGAGAUUAUAUUAUACAAACGGGUCUAAAGUGUAUGCGGAAACGUUCCCAUAUUAUUUGGCGGACGAUAAUUGGCACAAAGUGGCUGUAUCUAUAAGCGGUUUGGAAGUCGAGGUUUUAGUCGAUUGCAGAUCGUUAUUCAAGAGAAUGCUGAGGCCCGUCAUGCCGGACAGGAGUUUUCCAAAACCGCCGCACUUGUGGAUCGGACAAGGAGUUAGUCAGAGUUAUUUCAAGGGUAUCCUGGAUGAACUGAAAUUGGUUAGAGGUCCUCACGGUUAUUUAUCGUUGUGUCCGCACGUGGAUUCGAUGUGUCCCACUUGUGGUCAAUUCGUCUUGCUGCAGAAUACGGUACAGGAAUUGACCAGACAUCUUCAGGAGCUUUCCGAAAGGUUAGUGGAGGCUGAAAAUCGUAUAAGUAAAGUAGAAGAAUGCGACUGUCAUAAAUCUUGCCAUUAUAAUGAUUCCGUUUACGAAGACGGUGCUAAAUGGCAAACCGGCUGUGAUUUGUGUUCGUGUGUGCAUGGAGAAGUGCGCUGUCAGCAUGUGGAGUGCCCUAAAAUAAAUUGUAAACACCCAGUGAAUAAAACUGGCGAGUGUUGCCCAAGUUGUUUGAAGGAAUGUAUGUUUCUCGGAGUGUUCUACGAACACGGAGAAGUGGUCACAAUAAAAAAAUGUACGGAAUGCGCUUGCAACGACGGUAAUAUGAAAUGCAAUAGAAUAAAUCCGGCAACGGCUUGUCCGAAAUUGAAUUGUCCCCCCGAAGAGCAAUUCAACGUAACCGAUCAGUGCUGCAUGUUUUGUCCAGAUAUCGAUGAAUGUCAACAAGAAGGCGGUCUGUACGGUCAUCAUUGUCACCAGAAUACGAAAUGUGUCAAUACACCUGGUUCGUAUGUAUGCGAAUGUUUAUCCGGCUACAGAAGGAUAGACAAGUUUAAUUGCGCCGAAUUGGACGAAUGCAGUACAGGAGAACAUAACUGUGAUGUAAAUGCCGAGUGCAUCAAUACAAAAGGAAGCUACCAUUGUGUUUGUAAACACGGUUUUACCGGGGAUGGAUAUUCUUGCCAACCCGUUUGUAGACAAAAAUGCUUAAACGGCGGCAUCUGUAGUAGUCCGGGUAAAUGUACGUGUCCGAACGGUUACACUGGACACAGUUGCGAAUUGGAUUUGGACGAAUGCGCUACAGACACACAUAGAUGUACAAAUACUUCAGUCUGUGUAAAUAUGAUCGGCUGGUAUUAUUGCGAAUGCAAAGUCGGGUAUCAGAAUCCUUCUAAAGACAAUAAUUUAGGAAUAAUUUGUAAAGAUAUAAACGAAUGCAACAGCGACCUUCACACUUGCCACCCUUCAGCUCAAUGUAUAAAUACCGAUGGAGGGUUUAGAUGCGAAUGUCCAUCGAAUAGGCCCAAUUGCAAAUUGAGUUGCAUGUUCGAAGAACGCGAAAUACCCCACGGUCAUAUUGUACCACCAAGGAAUGACCCCUGUCAAGAAUGUAAAUGUGACAGGGGAUAUUUGACCUGCGAAAAGCUCAAAUGCAACUGCAGUGAAAGAGGAACGGACGAGAACUCCUGCUGUCCUCAGUGCAAUUCCAAACAUUCUUGUCACCACCAAGAACUACCAGAAGUAAUUUUGAAACACGGGGAACGUUGGUCAUUUCAAUGCCAAACCUGCGAAUGUCUCCACGGCGAAAUAGAUUGCUGGCCGAUGAGGUGUCCGCCGACGUUUUGCGACAACCCGGUGAAGAAUCCGGAAGAUUGUUGCGGUCAUUGCGAAGACGAUCCGUGUUCUAUAACUUCGGGAAAUUCCACAACUUCAGGUCAAUCCUGCUCGUACAGGGGACGUAUUUAUCAAUCGGGGUCGCAAUUUACCGAUCCGAACGAUCGUUGCGCUACAUGCAAUUGUAAGGACGGGACGUUAUGCUGCAAUUAUAAUAUCCUUUGCGGUGAUUAUCAACGAGCGGUGGGAUUCGAUGGCGUGGUGGCGGCUCAAAAUGUACAUUCAUCAAGUGACAGUGACAUUAUUAAACAAUCUAGUUAUCUUCAAUUGGCUACUCAUAGUGCUGGACCAUAUAUCAGUGAUACGAAAAGUAGCAAGACUGACAAUCGUCCAAAAAGGGCGACAGGCGCGGGUUGAAAGCCCCAUAACCCCAAAAACCGGUCUUACAUUCCUCGACACUUGCGUGCAAUAGCUGUUACUAAAUAAUAGUAAUAAUAAUAAUAAUAUUCCCCUUGUAUAUAAAGUCGGUUAUUGACUGACGUGGAAUUACUGGUGGAUGUAGUGAACGAGGAAAGGGAAUAGUAUCGUUAUUAUUUGGCUUGCCUAAACUCGAGUGUCUUCCUAGGUUUUAAGAGAAGACGCUGUGUCUCCAAUUGCGCUUCGACGGCUUAAAAUAUAUCUACGUAGAAAACAGCUAAUAUCUAUUAUCUUUAAAGGUACUAAUAGACAUUUAGUAUGCGAUUCGUGAUCUUGGUGGGGUUCCUAUUCGAUGGUUCAUAGAAAUACAACGGGAAGUCAUUCGAAAGGUUAAUCCUAAAAGCAGUGGGGGUAUGUUUAUCGAAAAAUGUAUUAGCGGAAUGUUGGUCAAUGUAGAGGGGUGGAAAUGCCAUUUUUGGCGAAGAAAUUUGGCACAAUCGUGUUUUCUAGUACAAAUAUAUACGGUUCUUUUUGAUUUUUUGUCGUGGCCUUCUAGUUUUGAAUUCCUGUCACCAUUAGAUCUUCUUGUGUACCAGGAUACCAUCUCUUUAUAGGUCUUCUCAUUUUUCAAUGUUCUUGCCAGUAAUUUUCGUUGCGGUCUUUUGGAUUUUUACUUGUUCGUUGUACAGGUUCCUCAUUUCUUGGUCUUUCUUCUCUAUAAUGUCUCCCUCGUAGCUUUUUGUAUAUCUAAAAAGUGAAAAAGCUUUUUUCAAAGCUCCGCAGAGAUAUUUCCACUUUAAAUACUUCAGCGGGUUCUUUUUUUGCAAAUGUGUCAAUUUUUAUUGCAAAAACUUUGCCGUGUGAAUAUUGAUUUUUUACAUAACCUAAAAAUUUUAUAAAAAAACGUAAAUUCCAAGGAAAAAAUUCAGACUGGUACAACUUUAGUGAAAAAAAACCAUUAAAUUGCGAAAAACUAGUUUUUUCAAUGAAAAAUUUCAUUUUCAUUCUUUUCCCGGGCUAAAUCGCCGAUUAUGUAUUAUUUUUAUCAACUUUUUUCACCAUGUCAUCACUCUAAAUGCUUCAAACACGAUCCCUUCCAUCCUUGGUGAAUUCGAUUAUCGAUCAUCUUCAAAACGAGUCAAUUAGCUCAUCACUAGCGUGCUAGUUUCUUUUUUCUAGAUGUCUAUCGGUACCUUGACUCUAAAAUUUAUAUUUUGAUGCACUGCCAGUUCCUUUUCCUUCGAUACGGAAACAAGAUUUUGUAAAAAAAAUUCUAAAAUUUACAACGUCUUGUGUCUUGUAUUUGGAUUUUCGAUAACAUGAUGAAACUGUGCAGCUAAAGUGACAAAAAAAAUUUGUUGUAUAUCAAAUAUUUGAAAGAAAAUAUUUCCAAUUCCUCCAGCUGUUAAAACAACGAAUUUCUUCGAAAAUUUAAAAUUUUAUAAUCAAUUUCGAAGAGGUAUUUUCGGCACCAAUUCAAAAUCAAAUUUAUUAGAUUUAAAUUGGGAUUGGAUAGUCGCCAAUUUUCAACUAAACGCCCACUUUAGACCUCCAGAUACUUUUGCAACCUUUCUAGAACAUUGUAGAAACUUUUUUCGGUAUCUAGAAACUUAUUCACAAAUAAUUCAUAGCUACGUAAUAAUAGAUGGAGCCAACUGCAAUGUUUUACAGUUUUCAUUACAUUAAAUGAUGACAGGCGACGUUAGAUGGCGUUAGGAUGUUUAAAUGUCACUUAUACUGAGAUUAAACUUUUUUGAUUCUUAUGUUAAAUCAACGGUUUUUCUUCACUUUCCCAUACGAAUUGUCCCAAAUCUCUCCAAUAUGUAUAUAGGAUUUGAAUUUCGUUCUAAAAUAGGUUAGAAACUUACCGAAUACAUAAUAAUGUGUAAUGAGGUAAAACAUUGUAUCACCAGUUUUCCAAAACUUCACACGUAAUGAAAUUGAGGUUAGGAUGCUGUUUUGUUAGAUGAUUUUACAUCGUAAUGUGAUAAAUUUCAUUUUCUUUUGGUGGCUGAAGGACCUACUCGAAUCAAUUUUAUUCCCCAUAAUUUUGUAGAAUGGAAAGUAUCUGUAACAGAUGAGAAAAUAUCAAAUUUUAUAUCUAGUUCUUAUUAGAUUUUAUAGAACUCGAAAUAUUUUCUACAAACAAUGAUGAAUAGAUGUUAUCUAUCUUCGAAAAAAAUAAAAAUUCAUAGAAUAUAUUAUUAUAUAUCGAGUAUAAUCGCUGUUAUAUAUGUCCUAUCUCAAAUUACAACGUCUGUCAAUGUUAACGAAUUAGAAACGAAUUUUGUCAUUUCAAUGUAAGCAAUUUUUUUUAGCCCCUGUACAUUAGAGAGUUCAUUUCAGAAAUCUUAAAAGUAUUUUCAAGUAAAUUGCCUACAUAUCAAUUAUUUUUCAAUUAAUAUCUUUUCAGUUUUUCAAUAUCGGCGGGCUAAUAAAUAUUGUAAACUCAACGAUUGAUGUCAAUUAUUUUGAAUUAAAUAUUUCUAAUUAAUUUAAUCCCUCGAUUUCCAAUUGUAAUAAAAGUAAAUCAUUCUUAGUUAUUGAUACUACUACAUUCUUUCAAGAUGGUUCAUACUACAUAAUCGAUUUCCAAGUUUUGCUAACAAUUAACAACACCGGUUAGAUAUACAGGGUGUCAAAAUAAAUUAACAAUCAUGACAGGUCAUCUAUUAAUAGUUCAACCCUUAUAACUAUGACCCACGGUAAUUUUUUAUUUGAAAUAUUUGUUGUGUUACAAAAAAUUUUCCAAAUUUUGAUGUAUCAAAUUCAACAGUACGGUCAGUGGUUGGCUAAUUAUUAUAAAUUGUGUCCAGAACGCGCUGAUACAUAAUUCCUUCAAAAUUAAUUUGUUAUCAUCUUCAGAGACUGAAGGAAACGCGUGUUAGUGUUGGUUUAUUUAGUGUUAUUUGAAAUUAAAGAAACUAAAACUGGAUAACUUUUGGUAAUCACUCUCUAUCGGGUAGCUCUAGUGGAGUCCAAAUGGUUUCUACUCUCCAGAAGACCUGUUUGCAGCAUAUUUGAAACACUUUUGUGUAUUCCUGGGGGUGUACGGGAUGAAGUUACUCAUUCUACUGUUUACAGUUUUACCAACGGGGGUGCAGGUAGAUUAAUUCAACUUCUAGAUUUACAUAAUGCUAAAAAAAUAAAAAAAUAUGGAUCAGAGUUUGUAAUAUGAACAUUCAAAGUAAUUUUUAUUGUUACUUAUUUCUUUUUAAUAUACAUAUCUGGUCAGAAAUCUAAUUCGAUAUUCGUUUCACUUUGUUUACAAUUUUCUACUUCAUUAUCUCACCGUAUCGUUGAGUUUUUUGAAUGGGAAAAAAGAAAAUUGAGAUCCUCCAUUUUCCCUAAGAUUCUCUUUAUAAAAAUAUGCGACUUACCAUGGAAAAAUUAUGACAAAUUGAAUUAAAUGACAAACUACAGAUAUAUAUAUAUAUAUAUAUAUAUAUAUAUAUAUAUAUAUAUAUAUAUAUAUAUAUCUGUAGUUUGUCAUUUAAUUCUUUUCAAUAUCAUUUUGUUUAAUCGAAAAAUUGUUUAUUGUUAAUUAAUAAUACACCGUUUACUACAACUACUUACGUUCACAUUAUCUGGUCCUUCGAGCCGGAUAUAAACUAAAUAUUGUAGGCUCGAAGGACACACAGGAUAAUGUGUCUAAUAAUUCUGAUACGAAAUAGUUGGAACUUGGAAUUAAUAUUAUGUAAGUUGAACUGCUUUCUUUCAACACGUGAUUGAAUUUUUUCAAUUAUUAAUACUAUCUGUUGUAGGCGUAAAAUCAAAUAUAUAAAUAAUAAUUUAAAAAAUGGUAUCACGUGAAUUUAUACAAGGUAAAAUCAAUGUAAUAAUUGUUAUAGAUAAUUAUAUCAGCAUUUUAGAUUAAUAUCUGUCAUAUAACCAAUAUGGCGGAAAUUGUUUUUUCAAGAUAUCAUCCCUUAAAUAGAGUCCCUUUAAAAUGUUUCCACUUCAAUUAAAUAUUAUAUAAUAUAGCAAAUUGUGAAUGUUUACAAUGCGAAACGUUGUUUCUGUGAAAUUGACACAAAAAUUUAUCUCCCCAAAACCCCUAAAAUAUCCGCAACUACCAGGGAUUCCCCCAACUUUAUUAUUUAUGAAACAAAUAUUGAAAUAUAUUUAAAUAAAUAAUUCCAUUCGGCAGCAUCAUUUUUCUUUAAAUUCUUUAUUUAUGAGUGAUCGAAAACUUGACUCGAAAAAUCUUUUUCUUCAGAUUCUGAUUUGGGGAUGGUCCCGUUCCACAUUUGUUGGGAACCCUGCCUACACUUUAUCAUAUUAAAGAAAA